GCCGCACAGAGCCGCACAGCCCGGGGAUGCGGGACUCUGCAGCUUCACAAAGAGAAAAGAGGUGGCAGCCUGUCCUCGACCAGGGGCUUUGACUUUAAGAGUUAAAGUCACCCGCCCGCCCGCCUGGCUGGCACUGCCAGUGCAGCAGAAGAAGUGCCCACCACUUGGCGACACCCCCGAGAAGAAGUGCCGAGAAGAAAAAUUGGAUUCAUAUUUUAUACACUUUGAGCUGUCAAUUGGUGUCCUCCCUCCUCUCCUGGUUUUGCUAGAGAGGGAUCCGCGGUGUCCAGAGUGGCCGGAGAGUGGACACAGGCACUGAGUGACCAUCAAGAGGUGACCGCCGACCUCCUGCCCGCCGUCUCUCCCCUCCACUCGGACAGCUCCUCGUCGCUCCUAUCUACUACUCCCACUAACAGAUGGUGUGAAAGGCGGAAGGCAGAGCCGGACUAUCCCCCUCCCUCACCCCACACACCGACUAAAGAAGGCGCACAGCCACUUUGGCACCGAGCUCCGACCGAGCGCCGGCCGCCCAGAGCUGCGCCACGGCCGGUCACCGCAGAGCGCAGGAACACGCUGCCCGGUGGAGGAGGAGGAGAUCCUUCAGGGGACACUGUGAGGCCAGUUUGGGGUCAGUGAGCGGUCAGUUUGGGGCCAGUUAAGUGGCCUGUGAGCGGCCAGUUUGGGGCCAGUGAGCGGCCAGUUUGGGGACCAGGAGGAGAGCCGACCCUUCCAGCGCCGCUCGCCGGGCGAUGCCAGUGUAAAUGCCAGGGCGAUGUCCCGACGCAAGCAGGGGAACCCACAGCACCUGUCCCAGAGAGAAAUAACACCGGAGGCUGAGCAUUCAGAUGGCAGCCUGCUCUCCGACUCCCUCCCCCCCCAGCCGCUCGGCCUGCCCCCUCAUCCUCUCGGCCUGCCCUCCCACCCUUUGGACCCUGGCUUGGCCCACGCCUUGCCGCCCGGCCUUCACGCCGACCACGACCUGCUGACCUGCGGCCAGUGCCAAAUGACCUUCCCCCUGGGCGACAUCCUGGUCUUCAUUGAGCACAAGAGGAAGCAGUGCCAGACCCCGCUGCUAGCCAACGGCUGCUACGACAAGAUGGCCGACCGGGGAGGAGGGGGAGGGGGUGGAGGAGGAGGCGGGAGCCCCCUUCUGCAGAGCCUUCAUCACCACCCCGGCCACGUUGCCCGGGGCGAGCUGAGGAAGGUGGUGGAACCGGUGGAGAUUGGCAUCCAGGUGACACCCGAGGAGGAGGAGGAGGCCGGUGGAGGAAGAGGAAGAGGGGAGAGGGGAGAGAGGACGCCCACCAAAGGAAUUUGCCCCAAGCAGGAGAACACACCAGCAGGUGGCAGGGAUGAGCCUUCCAGCUAUAUAUGUACCACAUGUAAGCAGCCCUUCCCCAGCGCCUGGUUCCUGCUGCAGCAUGCCCAGAACACCCACGGCAUUCGCAUCUACCUGGAGUCCAACCCAUCUAGUGCUGCCCUCACCCCACGCAUCACUAUUCCCCCACCCAUGGGGAAUGAGUCCAUCCCCCAGUCCCCGCUAACCAACUUCUUGGGGGACAACAACCCUUUCCACCUUCUGAGGAUGACAGGCCCCCUUCUUCGGGAACCUCCUCCAGGCUUUGUGGAGAACCGCCUCCCCAACACCCCUCCGUUUGUCAGUCCUCCACCCCGCCACCACCUAGAUCCCCAUCGGAUGGAACGCCUUAGCGCCGAGGAAAUGGGCCUCAUCUCCCAGCACCCUAGUGCCUUUGAGAGGGUGAUGCGCCUAACACCCAUGGCCAUGGAGUCCCAGUCCAUGGACUUUUCCAGGCGGCUGCGAGAACUGGCGGGAAACACCAAUACCGCCACACCACCAUUGUCACCCAGUAGGGCCAACCCUAUGCAUCGACUUCUAAAUCCCAACCCCUUUCAACCUGGGCCCAAGUCACCCUUUCUGAACACCCCUCCCCUACCACCGAUGCCCCCUAAUAGCACCACACCACCCCAGACACAGAACAAGGUCAAAUCCUGUGAGUUCUGUGGUAAGACCUUCAAGUUCCAGAGCAACUUGGUGGUUCAUAGGCGCAGCCAUACUGGAGAAAAACCAUACAAGUGCCAGCUGUGUGACCAUGCCUGCUCUCAGGCCAGCAAGCUGAAGCGCCACAUGAAGACCCACAUGCACAAGGCAGGAUCCCUAACAGGGCGCUCUGAUGAUGGACUGUCCACCACAAGUUCCCCUGAGCCAGGCACCAGUGAUGUGACAGGUGAGGGUAUGAAGAAUCGCGAUGGGGACUUCCAGGGUGAAGGUAAUGAGGAGGAAGAAGAGGAGGAGGAAGAAGAGGAACUUGAGAAUGAGAGCCGGCCAGAAUCCAACUUCAGCAUGGAGUCUGAGUUCUACCGGAACCGGGAGAAUGGCUCUAAGCCACUGUCAGAAGAGAAGUCAUCAAUUGCCCUUGGGAAGAUGGUGGAGGGCGUGGGGCUCAACUCUAUACAGCAGUACAAUAACUUGAUUGUUGACAAUCGUAAAAGAAUGCCCUUCUCCAAGAGGAGCUCGGAUGGCCAACGAGAUACUGGGGAUGAGGACUCAGUGGCUGGGGAGAUAGACCACCAUCACCACCACCAGCAGGAAGAGAGGACAACAAUUAAUGGCCGGAACUGUGGCUCUGGCGACUCUUUCUCAGGCCUGUUCCCCAGAAAGCCCACCCCCAUCACCAGCCCCAGCCUGUCCAACUCCUCAAACAAGAGGAUCAAGAUUGAGAAGGACCUGGACAUUCCCCCAGCGCCCCUCAUUCCUUCUGAGAACGUCUACUCCCAGUGGUUGGUGGGCUAUGCUGCCUCACGUCACUUCAUCAAAGACCCUUUUCUGGGCUUCACCGACUCCAGACAAUCUCCAUUCGCCACCUCCUCUGAGCACUCGUCUGAAAAUGGCAGCCUGCGGUUCUCUACCCCUCCAGGUGACCUGCUGGAUGGCGGCCUUUCAGGCCGCAGCGGCACUGCCAGUGGGGGCAGCACACCUCACCUGGGUGGGGGUCCUGGUCCGGGUCGACCCAGCUCUAAAGAGAGCAGGAGAAGCGACACCUGCGAGUUCUGUGGUAAGGUGUUCAAGAACUGCAGCAACCUGACAGUGCACCGGCGCAGCCACACUGGAGAGAGGCCCUACAAGUGUGAGCUGUGCAACUAUGCCUGUGCCCAGAGCUCAAAGCUCACGCGCCACAUGAAGACGCACGGCCAGCUCGGUAAGGAGGUCUACCGCUGUGACAUUUGCCAAAUGCCCUUCAGCGUGUACAGCACUCUGGAGAAACAUAUGAAAAAGUGGCAUGGGGAACAUUUGAUGACCAAUGAGGUCAAAAUUGAACAAGCAGAAAGAAGCUAAGCCAGGUUCCCUAUUUCCAUACUUUGACUUU